ACGAAAAUAGGUGCAUUUGAUAAAAAUGUUUUUUGUUGUAAUGUCAUUUAAAAUCAUGUUCCAUGGCUUUAUAGCAAAGGUACACAAGAACUGUUAGUCAGUUCAGCAGCCAAUCGCGUGGAGGCGAUCUCAACUCUCGAACGUACCGCUGUUGGUACCAUCAAACAGUAGUGUAGUAACCAACAGAGGUACCUUUACGUUUCGUAUCGAGCACGGUGACAUUUUCCAAAACAAUCGGAGUUUUUGAGUGAACUUUCAUCUAGUGACAGCACAUUCUCGAUUUGAUCUCUGGGAAAAAUGUGAUUGAGACGAAUUCCUUCAAAAAAACUAUUUAAGAUAUGAGGUGGUUUAGAAAGCAGGACGAGGCUCCAAGGCUUUUGAGUCUUUCACCCCUAAGAAAUUCUGAAAACCUUACACCUUCAUUUGAAGCCAUUAGUGUAGAUGUGGACGUUCCAAACACCCCAAGGCAAAAUUUGAGGCAUAGAUCUAGAAUUGAUAUGACUCCAAACUCCUGGGCCAGACGUCAAUACAACAAGAACGAUACUAAUUUGUACAAUGUGGAAGAAAGCAUCGUGAUUAUAGAAAAGUCGGAUAGAAGACGGCACAAAUCUCAACCAAGGAACUCCAGGUCAAUCGAAACUUGCGGUCACUAUAGGGAAAAACGCAAUCCCUUGUUGGACAAAGUCAAGCACACGCGUUUAUCGUGUUUCCGCUCAAAUUCUAAUGCUUCUGCAGCGACUGAAGUAGCUUCGUGUAGUACCGAUGUACAAACAAACCCCUUGCCAAACACAUCAUCAACUUCCAGUGAUAAAGAGUUCGAGAAUAUUGAUGUGGUAGAUUUUAUUCAGAGCACCGAUGAUAAGCAGUAUGACACGAUGUCGAGGGCUUCUUGUUUCACGGCCAAACUAAGAGCUAUGUCGGAAAAAUACUUACAAUCUUCAACGAGUAAGUUUUUAAAUAAGUUGUACAAGCAGACCGGUUCUUUGGAGGAACCAACGCCCACUAAAAGCCAUAAGAAGAUUGACAAGAAGAGGAGUUUUUCUUAUGGAGCCUUGCCAGAUAUUGAGAAUUUUCAAAGUACUAAUAAUCCCUUAUAUGCUGAUGCCGAUUUAACACACACUCACGAUGAAGAAGAUAGAUUGCCAUUGGUCGACAACGAGGAUUCAGACAGUGGAAUUCUUGUAAACGACUCAUCGUUUUCCUCAGGAUUUGAUAGCAGUUCCUACUCAGUGUCACCUUUGGAACUAACGACGGUCGAUGUGUAUGAUUCAGAGAGCACACCUGAUAAAAAUCAUGGCAGAAAGAAAGCCAGAAGUCAUCCUCAAAGAGCUCUAUCGUUGGAUAGACGCGAACUCUUCAGAUGCUCAUUGGGCGAGAGCACUGAUGUCGACCAACCGAAUCAAAUUUGCAAUAAAAAUGUCAUGGUGGUGAGGUUAACAAAAGUUAGCUUCAAAGAAGAGCUGGGCAUUUUUAUAACAAAAAGCAAAAUAAUCGCUAAAGGAUAUCUGGUUGCACAAGUAGUCCCAGAUGGUAUCGCAGCAAAAGAAGGCACCCUUUUAGUCGGUGACGAAAUCGUCAGUGUUAAUGGAACACCUAUAGCCGGUUUAACAAUUAUAGAAGCAAAAAAAUCCCUGUGUGUUCCAACUUUAGACGUCGAGUUGGUUGUCAUUCGCUCGAGCUUUAUGAGGGAAAGCUCAGUUGAUUUUGACACAAACCGGCAUUCCAUAGCGGAGAGUCCCACCAAGCAAUUGAAUUCAAGUCCGCUAUACAAAAGGCAGCCAUACUUUCAGAAGAAUAGUGCUAUACACGGUAGCUACAACCGGGUGCUAAGAAGCAGAAACUCGAAUCAGUUUAAGAACCUCGAGGGACCGCCGUUGAGUCCAAAAUCAAAAGAACCCAGCAGAUUGGAGGUGCUGAAUAAUACCACGACAAAUUUUUGCACGUUACCCAGAAGACCGUGUCAGAAUAUCUGCACUUUUCAUACAGUGACUUUGGAGAAAGGGGCGGGCAAAAAAUCGCUUGGGUUCACCAUAGUGGGUGGUAGGGACUCCCCAAAAGGCGCUCUGGGGAUUUUCGUGAAAACGAUCAUGCAUAAUGGACAGGCGGCCGAGGAUGGAAGGCUGAAGGCUGGUGACGAAAUAUUAGCUGUAAAUGGUCAAGUUUGCCAUGAUAUUUCUCAUGCAGAGGCGGUCUUGCUGUUUAAGAGCGUAAAGAAUGGUUCGAUUACUUUACAGGUUUGCAGGAGGAAGAAGAGUAAAUUGGGGGCUUUAAAAACAAAAUCUUGCAGCAGUAUAGCCCAACCGAAUUCAUAGCAGGAUUGUGGUAACAAUUAGUUGUAAAUUUGGCCAAAUAUUUAUUGUAAAAAUAUUUAUAUAAAUGAACUGAUGUAUUAUAUUAGUAUGUAUUCAUUUACUAUAAUAAGGUUUUGUAUUUUUAUGUAUAUAAAUUGGUAUUGUGAUAAUGAUAAAAUAAAUCAAAAAUGAAUCUAAUAUGUUAACAUUGUU